GGAAGUGUUAGGAAAAGCUGGCUGCUCAGGCAGUGCCAUUUAGUGCACGAAACUGGAGACGAAACAUUUUACGCACCAAAAUAAUGGGCUGUAAUUCUGGUUAGUGUUCUUCACUUGAACAUUUUUGGAUAGAAUUUUAUCCUUAAAAACAUUUAAUAAAAUGUGGACAAUUCCGAAGCCAAAAUACAGAGGUGAUUUGUGCGCCGAGGGGGAGAUUGCUGUGAACAUUGGCGGAGUCAGAGUGGUGCUUUUCGGGGACGUUUUGAACCGCUACCCGGAGAGCAGACUGGCGGAGCUGGUGAACUGCUCGACUCAGAAUUCUGAACUGAUCUCGUCUCUUUGCGAUGACUUUGACCCCGGCAGAAAAGAAUUUUACUUUGACCGUGAUCCUGAUACAUUCAAGUGCAUCAUCGACGUUUACUACUUUGAUGAAAUCCACAUCAAACGUGGCAUCUGCCCCAUCUGUUUCAUCAAGGAGAUGGAGUUCUGGAAAAUAGACCAAAGUGUUUUAGAUGAGUGCUGUAAAAGUUACCUCAGCGAGAAAGAGGAAGAGUUGAAAGAAAUUGCAAGCAAAGUGAAAGUCAUUCUGGAGGAUCUGGAGGUGGAUCAGUGCAUUACGCGCACCCAGCAGUGCCAGAGGUUCCUGUGGAAGCUGAUGGAGAAGCCGGGUUCCUCCCUGCCGGCGCGCAUCAUCGCCAUCGCAUCCUUCCUCUCCAUCCUGGUCUCGGCGGUGGUGAUGUGUGUGGGAACCAUUCCGGAGCUCCAGGUGACGGACGCCGAGGGGAAACUGGUGGAGCACCCGACCCUGGAGGCGAUCGAGACCGCCUGCAUGUUGUGGUUCACCACGGAGUUCUUACUGCGUCUCGCCUCAUCUCCGAACAAGCUGCACUUUGCGCUCUCCAUCAUGAACAUCAUAGACUUCAUGGCUAUCAUGCCUUUCUACGUAGUCCUGUCUCUUACCUACCUCGGCACCACAUCCAUGAUGGAGUUGACCAACGUGCAGCAGGCUGUCCAGGCGCUCCGCAUCAUGCGCAUCGCGCGUAUUUUCAAGCUGGCCCGCCACUCCUCCGGACUGCAGACUCUGACCUACGCGCUGAAGAGGAGCCUCAAAGAGCUGGGACUGCUCCUCAUGUAUAUGGGUGUCGGGAUCUUCGUGUUCUCAGCACUAGGCUACACCAUGGAGCAAAGCCACCCGGAGACACUUUUCAGGAGCAUCCCGCAAUCUUUCUGGUGGGCCAUCAUCACCAUGACCACGGUGGGCUAUGGAGACAUCUAUCCCAAAACCACCCUCGGCAAGUGCAACGCAGCCGUGAGCUUUCUGUGCGGGGUCAUAGCCAUCGCCUUGCCCAUCCACCCCAUCAUUAAUAACUUUGUUAUCUUCUACAAUAAGCAGAAAGUGCUGGAGACUGCAGCAAAGCACGAAGUGGAGCUGAUGGAGCUGAAGUCUGGCAGGGAGGCCCGCAGGAAAAGUAGUGAUUAAGAGAAGAAAUGUUUGAACAAGUAAAAACUUUUCACACAAAAGAUGAUUUAAUAACUGGGGUGAACCAGACUAAAGUUAAAAACACAGGCUACAGCGAAAGAUUGUAUAUAAUUCAGUUAUAUAACUGUAUUCAAGACCUCGAUAAGACUUCGAAGGACAUGCUGAUGCUGUGGGAGAGCUGCACAGUGAUGCCUGUACAUAGCGCCAUAAUGCAGCUGCUGUCUUUGCUCUGCUGUUGCUGUCAUUCUGCAACGUGAUGUACUGCUAUACCUGUGGUCCAGUUUUCACAUCCACUCGUGUCAUUGUUGAGACUGUUGUAGAAUUAAACAUUGUGCAUGAAAAAAACUUGCCACAUGUCCAGAAAAAAACAUAACAUCACCUUCAGUCUAAGUACAGGUCAAUCAAGACUUUCAGUGUCAAUUAAGGGGGGCAAAAAUGCAACAAUUCUGUGCAAAAAAAUGUAUUUGAAGUGAAUAGGAGACUGGCAGCACACAUUAGGGUGAUUAACAGGAACAUUACUCUUUUUGUUUCCAUGUUGUAGAGACAGGAUAGUAACAUUAAGAGGGAAUCAUAUCACCCUCAGACCCACUAUGGAAUAUUUGGGACAUUGUGGAUUAUGUUCACUUACAUUGGAAAUUCAGAAAGAGGAAUGAUUGCAGCAAACAAAAACAGUUUUAAUGGGCACAUUAAUGCCUGACUACUGCUUAACAACAGAAGCUUUGCUUUGAUGUCACAAUCUGAUGUAUAUGUCUUUGAUGGCAUAUGUGCUGCAGAAAGACCUUGAGCCACAGUGUGGAGGAUUUUUGUUAUUUUAAGAAAUAUCUCAUGUUGGAAAAUUAACUAAGCUAAAUUAUGCAUGACUAAUGAUGAGUCAUCAGAUGCAUCACCCAGAAAACAGGUGUGCGACUAAAAAAAUCAUCCCCUGAAUUAGAAUACUCCAAAGGUGCUUGCAGAGGAAUAUUUCAUGUGAAGACAGCUAUCACAGUUGGCUCAUUGAUCUCACCGGCCAGUAAUAUUUGAAUGUGUGCCAUGUGGUAAUUCCUAUGAGACAGACAGUGGAAGUCUGACUAGAAAUCAAGCUUGUAAGGUCACAAGAACAAGUGCUUUCAUCAUGUGCUCCUUCAUUCUUGUAAAAAAUGUGCUUGUUCAUGAAUCUUAAUAAACUCCAAGAAGACAUUAACCUCAAGUGACUGCUGAAGAGUUGCUGACGAUGCUGUAUCCUUUCAUCCACUGAUACCCUGAUGUGAACAGAUAUCCUGUUGCAGUACAAGUGUCUGCACAAGCUGACUUUAUGUCACUGUACGAGAUGUACAGUUCAGAAAAGUCAAGGGUGCGUAUUUGCUUGUGUGAGUGUGUUACAUUGUGGAUGCAUGAAUGUGUUUACACAGUCAAAUUUUGGGGACAAAAAGCACAAUCCAUCCAUUAUCUAUACACCGCUUAAUCCUCAUUAGUGUCACAGGGAGCUGGAGUCUAUCCCAGCUGACUGAAGGCGAAGGCAGAGGACACCAGUCUACACAGGGCUACAUAUAGAGACAAACAAUCACAUUCACACCUGCAGACAAUUUAGAGUUACCAAUUAACCUGAUCUUGUUUUUAGUCAGAGUCUCCGGAGAGAACCCACACAUGCACAGGGAGAGCAUGUCAAGGUCAACGUACUUUAUUAAUCCCGAGGGAAAUUACAGCAGUCUGUUGCUCACAUCCACACAGACACAGAACAAGGAUAAAAGAUAGAGCACACAUUAAAACUGCAUGCAAACUCCAUGCAGAAAGAUCAUAGGAAGGUCAGGACGUGAACCAGGGAUCUUCUAGCUGCAGGAUGGAAGUGCUAACCACCGAGCUACUGUACGACCCAAGUCCUCAGAAUGUAAUAUUACUUUGAAUGUUAACCCCCUAAGCCCCAGGCUGUUAUCUAACAUUUUGAGACAGUUACAGCUCAGCCACCUGUGGGCUCUAUGUUUAAGAGAAACUGGGGAGAAUUUUAGAAUGAACUGUGUCAGAAUUAGAGUUAAAAAAAAACAAACUACAAUUUACAUUUUGUGUUUGUUAAAUAGGUGCUGCUGUUUAGGGUUUGUCUUUGUCUUUAAACCGUGUAUGUUUUGGUGGAAACUGACCAAACUGUGCAGCUUUUUCAUGCAUUAUUAAACUAAA